AUGUCAAAUAUUAGAAUGUUAAAUGAAAAAGAGGAGACUGGUGGUGAUGUUGAAGUCUCCUGGGUCGAUCAACAACGUAUCAACGAGUUUAGUCAAUAUAAUGCCAAAAUAGAUGAUCUCGAGGAUCAAUAUGAAAAACUCAAGCAAGAAAAAGAGUACUUAGACGAUGUUGCUAUGGAACUUGAAUUGGCAGAUGAGGAUGAGGCAAUUAGAUACAAGAUUGGUGAUGCUUUUGUGCAUGUUAGUGCGUCAGAAGCAAUUGAAAAAGUCGAGAAGGACUCAGAGAAACUUGGCUUAGCACUCGAAGAUGUCAAACACCAAAUCGAUGUGGUUCAAGAAAAGAUGGAGCAAUUGAAGAAAGACUUAUAUGCUAAAUUCGGCAACGCUAUUAACUUGGAAAAGGAAUAA